CUUCCCCCCCCCUCUGUGCCUUGGCGUUCGUCGGCGAAGAUGAACCUUGACCUGUCGUCCCUUUUGGACAGUGAAGACAAGAAGUCCAAGAACAAACGAGGCGUGCUGCCCAAACACGCCACCAACAUCAUGCGCUCCUGGCUCUUCCAGCAUCUCAUGCAUCCUUACCCUACAGAAGACGAGAAGCGACAGAUUGCAGGACAGACAAACCUUACCCUAUUACAAGUGAACAAUUGGUUCAUCAAUGCUCGCAGGCGUAUCCUGCAGCCCAUGCUGGAUGCCAGUAACCCGGACCCUGUGCCCAAGGCCAAGAAGAUGAAAUCCCAGCACCGGCCCACUCAGCGCUUCUGGCCCGACUCCAUCGUGGCGGGGGUCCUGCAGACGUACCGCUCCCAGGCCGGCGCCCACGGCAACAACCCCCUGGGCAUGGACGGCCUGCAGCCCCUCCCGUCGGAGUCGGCCACCCUGGCAAUGCAGCAGGCCCUGAUGGCGGCCGACGACUCCAUGGACGGGACUGAGGAGGAGGAGGAGGAAGAGGAGGAGGAGGAGGAGGAGGAAGAGGAGGAGGAGGAGGAAGAGAUGGAGGAAGAGGAGGAGGACGGGCGGGAAGGACACGACCGAGGGAGGAACAUGAGCGGCGGCGGGGGAGGGCCGAGGACAGAGCGCAGCAACAUGGAGGACUUGGAGUAGGGAGUCACGCAGAGAGAGGAACACAAGUUCUCCGAUGAGUACUCUGACAUAGGUUUGAUUGUUGUUAUUUCACUUUUCAAGAACGUAAGUAAUGAAUGCAUUUCAUAUUGCUCUGGCUUUCUGGUAAAUCGUACUCGUUUCCCCCCCGAGACGUUUUUGAGAUACGAUUGUUUACUUCAGGAUUCUUGAAAAUCAUGAAAAUCUGUCAUUCAUCACUUAGACCAAGCUCCUUUUUUGUUUCUUGUUUUUUGAGGGUGAAAUAAAAUUAUUCAAUACUGGGAUAAAAUGUUAAGAUGGAAAUGCUAGCUUGUUGAGGAAGAAAAAAGGCUUGAGCUCUGACCUCUACUCAAAGAGACACUGUCUGGCUCACAGCCAAGCGAUAGGUCAACCAUGAACCCACUUGUUAAUGUCCAGCCAGUGACCCUUUGGAAAACACCCUUCAGAUGAAGGCUGUUUUCUAGCCAUCGAUGGAACGGUUCAUGGAGACUAUAUAGAAGAACCUAAUCUUACAGCCAGAAUCACAACCGUCAACAAAAAGAGACACACAAUAUUCAUUCGUUAUUGAAUAUAGUCAUUAUGAUUUGUAUCCAUCAAUACGGUAGAAUCCAUAGAUAUCCAUAGAUAGUGUUGUUGUUUUUUAUUUGUGGCUCAUGCUUAUCAAUUGAUCGAUCCAUACGUAGCAAUAUGCUGAGGCGGACUUCAAAAUAAAUUAUCCUGAUUGAUCACCUAUUCUAUCGAUGGGUAAUCAAGAUUAUUUAUGGAUAUAAUUGCCAUUUUUUAAUGUAAGAGAUCUCACGAAGAACGUUGGCGACAUUAGCUGAAUUACUUUGGUUGUUGAAUGCAAUGUGAACCGAAAGUGAGUACUA